UUUCUUUCACUUCAUUUCAGUUAUUUUACAUGCAAACAUUCGUGUCACCGCUUAUAAUAAGAAGAAGGUGCAAGUGUGUGCGUUUGUCUGCGUGUUGACGCGGUCGUGAGCGUUCGUUGAACGCUUCAAGCCAAUAAACUCGCGUGCAAGAUUCUACAAACAGUAAUAACCUACCAAAAAAAAAAAGAAAACCAAACAUUUAUUUAUAAUAAAAAUAAUCAAUUAAACAAAAGAAAUAUAUUAAGUUAUUAAUUACCAACCAAUAAAAAAGAAACAAACACCAGUAACAAUAAAAAAUCAAACAGCUCAAAUAUGGUGCAACAACAACGUUUGGCCAUUUCAAUACCAAAUAUUAACACACGCAUGCCGUCCAUAUCUUCGGCCGGCAUUAGCACACCCGGUUCUGCAUCCUCAACCACCUCCUCCACCUACAAUGCCAGCGUAUCGGCGUCAAUGGACUCACCGGCGGCGGAAGUAAACAGUGCCGAUAUUGGCCUUUUCGUGGAAACGCCACUUCAGGAGUUGAGCGCCAAUACACGCCUACAAUUGUCGCAGCUACUAAAUUGUCGUAAAAUUUUGCGUUCAGAAGAUGGUUACGAACGCGAUUGGCGUGGCGUUGCCGAGUUGGCUGAGGUACGCAGCUUUUGCAGCAGCAACAAUGAUGAUCCGAUGCGCACCGUGUUGCGGGAAUGGUGUUCACAUCGACCACAAACAGCGACAUUCGCAAGGUUGCAACAAUGUCUGGGCAUCAUUGAUCGAUGGGAUGUCAGCGAUGACAUUUAUGAGAAUAUAGUUGAGGAUGCAAAAAAGUAUGCCAUAAAACUACGUCAAAAAUCGUUAAUCGCCGGCGAUACAACCGACGCUUCAACGUCGGCGGCGGAGGCUUCUACGCUAUGGUCCAAUUCGGCGUCACAUUUUCUACCCAGUAGUAAUGGCGUUAACGGUAGCGACGUCAAUAGCAAUGAACGCGAUCCGAGUAUGACCAUAUUGACCCGGGACGAUGUGAUACUCGCCCAGAAAGGACUACCACCACAACAGUAUGACGCAUUCGUGUUAUUCGCUGAUGCGGAUAUCGAACAAGCUGCUGAGAUACAAACCAAAUUCGAGGAGAAUGAGAAAUAUAAUUUUAAGUUAUGCUUCAAAAAUCGUGAUCUUCUCGGCGGUGUACCGUUCACGCAUGUUGCAUUGACGCAACUGAUCGAGGAGCGUUGCCGCUAUUUACUUGUGAUCUUGACAAAAGAGUUCCUCGACAGUCCAGAGAAUCAAUUUUUAAUGAAUUACACACAUGCAUUGCAAAUACAGAAUAAUACGCGUAAAAUCAUACCGCUCAUCUAUGAGGAUUCAGUUAUUAUACCACGUGCCUUAAAAAUAUACACACACCUUAAGUACAAUCCUGUACCCACAACGCUAUUCGACUUUUGGGCGCGUCUAGGUGAUUCAAUUCGACGCGCUUACAAUGCAGCGGAUCCGUCACCAUUUGGCCUAACCGAAGUUGACAACCUGCCCGCCACUAGGCAGCUAUCUUCUGACACGAGCUAUUCAAGUUUACCAAGCCCCCGCACAACAGUAACUACACCCACCUCACCAAUACCGAGCAUCAACAUUAACGGUCAUGCCUACACGCCCGACGAGGAGAAGGAGGAUGUAUUUCAGCAGAAGGAGCAACGUUAUCAUUUUACCAAGCGCUCUUCACUGCGUCAUCACAACAGUGUCUACAGUCACAAUCACCACAAUAAUCGCAUUAGUCAACUCACCAACGGUUAUGGGUUGCGAAACGCGCACUCCACCAGUCAGCUAAAUGCAGGCGUUACCGUUGACAAUAGUGUCAGCAUGAGUGAUCUCAGCAUAAGUAAUGAGGCGGCGAAGAAGAAGAAAAAGAAGCCUAUUAAAGCUGUGCUCAAGCGGGUCUUUAGCCGCAGUAGUCCGAAGCUGCAGGAAACAGCAGAAUAGUAUUUUGUUUUUUUUUUUUUAAUGUAAAAAUAGUUUUUUAAUUAUACAUUAUUUUUAGAAAACAACAUAGAUCAUAUUUAUAAAUGCUAUAUAUUUUUUGUGUGGCAAAACCAAUGGAUAAGAAAAAAAUUGUAAAUGUAGGUCUGUUAUACGGUAUUGUAUAUUAUUUAUUAUUCUAAUUUAAUUAUGCGAAUGUUGUUGUUGUCUGCAAAAUUAAAACACACACCCAAUACCUACAAAACAGAUUAAAAUUUGAUUAUUUAAAAGCUUUCUACCCGUUUAAUGCACACGCACAAUUCUUCCUUUUAUGUUUUUUACCAAACUCUGUAUGUAUUUUUGUCCGUUUUUUUUUUUUGUUUUAUUUGUAAACUAUAUAUAUUUUUUUAACUGUUGUGGUUUAUUGUAAAUUCAUGUUUUGCCAGCAGCUAUUUUCCAUAAGACCUUGAAAAUAUUUUAAUUAUAAUUAAGCUUUC